AUGGCUCCCGCGGCGGUCAACGGUGUCAAAGGCACCAAGCCGCUUGCCAACGGCACCCCGAGUUCGUGGCAAGCGAAGCACAAUGUGGCCGAUCACUUCAUUGGCUCCAACAAGCUAGAAAACGCUCCCCCGAGCAAAGUCAAGGACUUUGUUCAAUCACACGACGGUCACACCGUCAUCACCUCAGUGCUCAUCGCGAACAACGGUAUUGCCGCCGUCAAGGAAAUCCGUUCGGUACGAAAAUGGGCCUACGAGAUGUUCGGCGACGAGCGGGCCAUCCAGUUCACGGUCAUGGCCACGCCGGAAGAUUUGCAGGCAAACGCGGACUACAUCCGUAUGGCGGAUCAAUACGUCGAGGUGCCCGGAGGCACAAACAACAACAACUACGCGAACGUUGAAUUGAUUGUCGAUAUUGCCGAGCGCAUGAACGUCCACGCAGUCUGGGCUGGCUGGGGUCACGCCUCGGAAAACCCGAAACUACCCGAAUCCCUCGCAGCCUCUCCCAAGAAGAUUAUCUUCAUCGGCCCCCCGGGCUCCGCGAUGCGAUCUCUCGGUGACAAGAUCUCCUCCACAAUUGUCGCCCAGCAUGCGAAGGUGCCCUGCAUUCCCUGGUCGGGAGAGGGUGUCGACGAGGUGGAAAUCGACCAGGACGGCAUUGUGACUGUCAGAGACGAUGUCUACGACAAGGGGUGCGUACAUUCGCCACAAGAGGGUCUCGAAGCCGCGCGGAAGAUCGGCUUCCCAGUGAUGGUGAAGGCCUCAGAAGGUGGUGGCGGCAAGGGUAUCCGAAAAGUCGACGAUGAAUCCCAGUUUGUGGAGCUCUACAAUGCUGCGGCCAACGAAAUUCCCGGUUCUCCCAUCUUCAUCAUGAAGCUGGCCGGAAACGCCCGGCAUUUGGAAGUCCAACUGUUGGCUGAUCAGUACGGCAACAACAUCUCCAUCUUCGGCAGAGAUUGUUCCGUCCAGCGACGACAUCAGAAGAUCAUCGAAGAGGCACCUGUCACGAUUGCCAACCAAGAGACCCUCCACGAGAUGGAGGCGGCGGCGGUCCGACUAGGUGAAUUGGUCGGUUACGUCUCUGCCGGUACCGUGGAAUGGCUGUACUCGCACUCGGACAACAAGUUCUACUUCCUGGAGCUGAACCCUCGUCUCCAGGUCGAACAUCCUACCACCGAAAUGGUCAGCGGUGUCAAUAUUCCCGCUGCUCAGCUCCAGGUUGCCAUGGGUCUUCCUCUCCACCGCAUCCGUGACAUUCGCUUGUUGUACGGAGUCGACCCGCAUACCUCGACCGAGAUUGAUUUCCAAUUCAAGUCGGAGGCCAGUCUGAAGACCCAGCGACGACCUAGACCAAAGGGUCACUGCACAGCCUGCCGUAUCACUUCCGAGGAUCCUGGCGAAGGCUUCAAACCCUCGAGCGGUACCAUGCAUGACCUCAACUUCCGGUCGAGCUCAAAUGUCUGGGGUUAUUUCUCCGUCUCCUCGGCAUCCAGCAUUCACAGCUUCUCCGACAGUCAGUUCGGUCACAUUUUCGCUUACGGCGAGAACCGAGCGGCUUCCCGAAAACACAUGGUUGUUGCCCUCAAAGAAUUGAGCAUCCGUGGUGACUUUAGAACCACCAUUGAAUACCUCAUCAAACUCCUGGAAACGCCUGCAUUUGAAGACAACACAAUCACCACUGGAUGGCUCGACCAGCUGAUCACCAAGAAGCUGACUGCCGACCGGCCGGACCAAAUGCUUGCGAUCCUGGCGGGGGCUGUCACCAAAGCUCAUAUUGCCAGUGAAGCAUGCAUUACGGAAUACCGCAAAGGCCUCGAGAAGGGUCAAGUGCCCUCCAAGGAUGUCCUCAAGACGGUCUUCCCUGUCGAUUUCAUCUACGAAGGUCAGCGAUACAAGUUCACCGUCACUCGAUCAAGUCUUGAUAGCUAUCACAUCUUCAUCAACGGCUCCAAGUGCUCUGUGGGCAUCCGAUCCCUUGCUGAUGGCGGACUGCUGAUGCUCGUUGCGGGCCGAUCCCACAGCUUGUACUGGAAGGAGGAGCCCACUGCUAUCCGUCUGAGCGUUGACAGCAAGACCUGCUUGCUCGAGCAGGAGAACGACCCCACUCAGCUGCGAACACCUUCUCCUGGCAAGCUCGUUAAAUUCACCGUCGAAAAUGGUGCCCAUGUGAAAGCCGGUCAAGCCUUCGCUGAGGUUGAAGUCAUGAAGAUGUACAUGCCUCUGAUCGCACAAGAAGACGGUGUUGUGCAAUUUAUCAAGCAGCCGGGAGCUACUCUCGAGGGUGGCGACAUCCUGGGUAUACUAGCUCUCGAUGACCCCUCCAGAGUCAAGACCGCCGAGACAUUUACCGGCCAGCUGCCUGAUCUGGGGCCGCCUCAGGUUGUCGGUAACAAGCCGCCUCAGCGAUUCGCCCUUCUCACGGGCAUUCUCCAUAACAUUCUCAUGGGCUUUGACAAUCAAGUCAUCAUGGCUUCCACCCUCAAGGAGCUGGUGCAAGUUCUGAGAGAUCCAGAGCUGCCCUACGGCGAAUGGGCCGCUCGAUCGUCUGCUCUGCACUCGAGAACCCCCCAGAAGCUGGAUGCCCAACUCGUGCAGAUUGUGGAGCGCGCGGCCUCUCGCCACGCCGAGUUCCCAGCUAAGCAACUCCAGAAGGCUAUCAACAAGUUCAUCGAGGAUAACAUGUCUGCGAGUGACGGAGCUGCGCUUCAUACCACUUUGGCGCCUCUCGAGGACGUCACGGCCAGAUAUGCGGAUGGACUCAAGGUCCACGAGUUCAAUGUCUUUACUGGCUUCAUUGAUCAGUAUUAUCAAGUUGAGAAGCUCUUCGCUUCUGGUACCCCCAGAGAUGAGGAUGUCAUCUUGAAACUUCGAGAGCAGCACAAGGACGAUAUCCUCUCGGUUGUUUGGACUGUCUUGUCCCACACUCGCGUAUCUGCAAAGAACAAUCUGAUUGUCGCCAUCCUGGAUCUGUACCGACCGAACCAGCCGAAUGUGGGCAACGUUGCGAAGUACUUCAGACCUGCCCUCCGACGACUUACGGAGCUCGACUCUCGUGCGACUGCCAAGGUCACCAUCAAGGCUCGUGAGUUGCUCAUCCUGUGCGCCCUGCCUUCGCUUGAGGAAAGAGCUUCCCAGAUGGAGCACAUCCUCAAGUCGUCGGUCGUGGAGUCCAAAUACGGAGAAACCGGAUGGGAGCAUAGGGAGCCAGAUCUCGAUGUAUUGAGAGAAGUGGUCGACUCUCGGUAUACUGUGUUCGACGUUUUGCCGCUCUUCUUUGCCCAUCACGACCCUUGGGUUGGUCUCGCUGCUCUUGAGGUGUAUGUGCGACGCGCCUACCGUGCAUACACUGUCAAGGAGGUCGAGUAUCACAACGAUGUCGACCCCCCUUUCUUUCUCUCGUGGGACUUCAUCCUCCGCAAAGUCGGACAAACAGAAUUCGGCCUACCCCUGGCGUCCUCUUAUCCAUCGGGACAGGCGACGCCUUCCCAGAACGGCAAUCAGUUCAAGCGUAUUGCUUCUGUCAGCGACCUCUCCUACCUGAACAAACUACAAGGGGAGGACGAGCCAACUCGCAGAGGUGUCAUUGCUCCUUGCCAUUACCUCGAUGAAGUUGAUGAGUGCCUCGCCCGCGCGCUUGAGGCUUUUCCCAAGGGUACAGCGGAGAAGCGUUCAAAUACCGGACAACAUCUCAUGCCGACACUCGACAGCCAGAGACGGCCUCCACAAAAAUCGGAUGAAGUCGAGCUGACCAAUGUCUGCAACAUCGCCAUCCGCGACAUUGAGUCUUUGAGUGAUCCCGAGAUUCUCGAGCGCGUACAAAGCAUCGUAAACGAGUACAAGUCGGAGCUUCUGGCCCGCAGGGUUCGUCGCAUUACCUUCAUUUGUGGGCACAAGGAAGGUACUUAUCCUGGCUACUUCACAUUCCGUGGACCGAGUUACGAGGAGGAUGCUAGCAUCCGUCACAACGAGCCCGCAACAGCCUUCCAGCUGGAGCUCGGCAGAUUGUCCAAAUUCAAGAUCCGUCCGGUAUUCACAGAGAACCGAAAUAUCCACAUCUACGAGGCCGUCGGCAAGGGCGAUGAUCGAGACAAGGUUGUGGACAAGCGCUACUUCACUCGCGCUGUUGUUCGACCAGGCCGCCUCAAGGAUGAGAUUCCCACUGCUGAGUACUUGAUCGCAGAGACCGACCGACUCGUCAACGACAUCUGCGACGCACUUGAGAUCAUUGGCAACAAUAACUCCGAUCUCAACCACAUCUUCAUCAACUUUACCCCAGUAUUCAACCUGCAGCCCAAGGAUGUUGAGGAGCAGAUUGCCGGUUUCUUGGAACGCUUUUCCCGCCGCUUCCUUCGUCUCCGCGUCACUGGCGCGGAGAUCAGAAUUCUGUGCACGGAUCCCGAAUCUGGGCUGCCAUACCCUCUUCGAGUUGUCAUCACGAACACUUCUGGCUACGUCGUCCAGGUUGAGUCGUAUGUUGAGAAGAAGGCUCGCAAUGGAGAGUGGGUGUUUGAGAGUAUCGGCGGUACCACCAAGGUCGGCUCCAUGCACCUUCGCCCUGUGUCCACUCCUUAUCCCACAAAGGAGUGGUUGCAGCCGAAGCGUUACAAGGCUCAUCUCAUGGGUACCCAAUAUGUCUACGACUUCCCCGAACUGUUCAGACAAGCAAUCUCGAACAGCUGGGCCAAGGCUAUCGCCAAGCAUGCGCCUCUCGCUGAAUCCAGGCCCGAGGUCGGAAACUGCCUGGAGUAUAAUGAGCUCAUCCUGGAUGAUUCCGAUAACCUGGCCGAGGUCUCUCGCGAGCCUGGUACCAAUACUUGUGGUAUGGUCGGCUGGGUCUUCACUGCCAAAACCCCGGAAUACCCAAGAGGCAGAAGGGUUGUCAUCAUCGCCAACGACAUCACAUUCCAGAUCGGUUCUUUCGGACCUCUCGAAGACAAAUUCUUCAACAAGUGCACUGAGUAUGCCCGCAAACUUGGCAUCCCCCGGAUCUACCUGUCCGCCAACUCCGGCGCUCGUAUUGGCAUGGCUGAAGAGCUCAUUCCUCACUUCUCAGUUGCCUGGAACGACGAGUCGAACCCAUCUUCCGGCUUCAAGUACCUGUACUUGACGCCCGAGAAGAGAGAAUUGCUCAGCAAGACGGAAAUUCUCACCGAGAAGGUCGUCGAAGAUGGAGAGGAGCGACACAAGAUCACCACCAUCGUCGGCGCCAAAGACGGUCUAGGUGUUGAAUGCUUGCGUGGCUCUGGCCUCAUCGCCGGCGCGACUUCGAAGGCUUACGAGGACAUCUUCACGCUCACUCUUGUCACCUGCCGGUCUGUAGGCAUUGGUGCUUACCUCGUUCGUCUGGGUCAGCGUGCCAUCCAGAUUGAGGGUCAGCCAAUCAUCCUCACCGGUGCUCCCGCCCUGAACAAGGUUUUGGGCAAGGAAGUCUACACAUCCAACUUGCAACUCGGUGGCACUCAGAUCAUGUACAAGAACGGUGUCUCCCACAUGGUCGCAAGCGAUGACUUCCAGGGAGUAGAGAAGAUUGUCGACUGGCUGUCCUUCGUUCCCGACAAGAAGGGCCAGCCAGUUCCGGUCAGCCCUCCUUCGGAUACUUGGGAUCGGGAUAUCACUUUCUACCCACCAAAGGGACCUUACGACGUGAGACAUCUCAUUGGUGGCCAGGAGGACGAAGAGGGCUUCUUGUCUGGACUCUUCGACAAGGACUCGUUCCAGGAAGCCCUCGGCGGCUGGGCGCGGACAGUCGUUGUCGGUCGUGCUCGCCUGGGCGGCAUCCCCAUGGGUGUCAUCGCGGUCGAGACUCGUACGGUCGAGAACGUCAGCCCUGCCGAUCCUGCCAACGCCGAUUCGAUGGAGACGGUUGUGCAGGAAGCUGGUGGUGUGUGGUUCCCCAACUCGGCCUUCAAGACCGCACAAGCCCUCCGAGAUUUCAACUAUGGUGAACAACUUCCCGUCAUGAUCCUAGCGAACUGGCGUGGUUUCUCUGGUGGUCAACGAGACAUGUACAACGAGGUGCUCAAGUACGGUUCCUAUAUCGUUGACGCUCUCACCAAGUACGAGCAGCCAGUGUUCGUCUACAUUCCUCCUUUCGGUGAGCUUCGUGGUGGAUCAUGGGUCGUCGUUGAUCCUACCAUCAACCCUGAACAGAUGGAAAUGUACGCCGAUAUCGAGUCUCGCGGUGGUGUCUUGGAGCCUGAGGGUAUUGUUGGCAUCAAGUACCGCAAGGAGAGACAGCUGGAGACCAUGGCUCGCCUGGACCCUGAAUAUGCUCGGCUCAAGCAGCAAUCCCUUGCGAAGAACUUGAGCGCUGAUCAGCUCAACGCCAUCAAGGCCAAGAUGACCGAGCGUGAGCAACUCCUCGGACCCAUCUACCAGCAGAUCGCGCUUCAGUUCGCCGAUCUCCACGAUCGCGCGGGCCGCAUGGAGGCCAAGGGCACAAUCCGCAUGCCCCUACAAUGGAAGAACGCUCGACGAUUCUUCUACUGGCGUCUCCGAAGAAGGUUGUCCGAGGAAGUUCUCCUCAAGAAGCUGAACAGCAGCUUAGCCGGUGGUGUCGUUCCUGCCACGACCACCCCCUCGACCCAGAGAGAACAGAACCUUGCCAUGCUGAAGAACUGGUCUGGCUUGUUGGAUGUCGAAUUCGACAAGGACGAUCGCAAGGUCGCUGAGUGGUACGAGAGCCACCGAAAGGAAGUGUACGCCAAGAUCGACGCCGUCAAGACCGAGGCGGUCAGCAAGCGCGUCGCAGAGCUGUUGAUGGGUAACAAGGAGGGUGGAUUGAAGGGUGUCCGCGAGGUGUUGAGCCUCGUGCCCACGAGCGAGAGGGAGCAACUGGUCAAGUACUUGACCGGUGCAUGA